AUGACUGCCGAUACGCGUGCCAUGGAAUUCAAAUUCGACAAUAACGUCGUGGCCGUCGACGAGGUGCUGAAGAUCAACAACACCCUGACAGUCGAGGGUUACGAUAAAAACGUAGGGUUGGUAUUUGUUAGAUAUUAAAUAAAAUAUAAUCUAAUAUUUAUGUAAUUUAUAUUAUACAUUUUUCUCGUGUAUUAUCGAAAUAUCAACCAAUUUGUUCGGUGAUCGUGUGACCCUCCCGAAUUGAUUUUUCAAAACUAAUAUCUAUAUCAAUAAUUUGUCAUUAGUUUUUUUUUUUUUUUUUUAAAUUAGAAAAACUAAGGAGAACCUAAUAAAAUGUUUCCAAAAAAAGAUACUUCCGAAGUAAAAAUUAACAUAUUUUAUGGUAUGGCAUAAAAAUGUUACAAGCAUUUUUACAAACUUAAAAAAAAAAAAAAAAAAACACCUUGAUAAAACUUAGUUUUUUCAUUCAGAAUCUAAAAUAUAUUUAAAAUAAUUUAUUAGAAAAUUUCAAAAAUAAUUCCAAUGGCAUUGGCACAGAAUGUUUUGAUGUACCUACCUGAUUAAACUCGUAUACGGGAUUUGAUAUGUUAAGAAAAAAUGUAUGAGUACAAGUUAAUAAUUAUUUAUAGGUAAUCAUUGACAAUUAGAUAAUAACAAACCUGCCAAUUGAUAUAUAGUAUGGCUAUUAAUUGCCUAUUAUUGUUUUGUUAUUGUAUUUAUCUCCAGUUAAUUAUAUCUUACUGUACCUAAAAAUAUCAAUUUUCUUUGGAACUCGUAAAUUUUAAAUAAUAAAUAAUGUACAAUAUACUAAUAAUUUUUGUUUAUUAUUGUGUUUUUUAAAAAAAUUUAAUAUUUCCAUACUUAUUAUAAUUUUUAUUUACAGUUUAAAAAACGUAAUGCGGCUGAUCAUAGACGAAAUGGGCAAAGCCUCAGCUGUGGCACAAGAAUUAAAAUCACCAAUUACCAGUGCUGAUGAGCUAGUCAAUUCCGAUCACAACCUCUACGUAAUGACCCAAAAUAAUAUGCCAGAGUAAGAUAAAUACUUAAGAUUAUUAAACUUAACCAGUUUGAUUUUAUUCAUAUUUUAUUUUUUAAGGCAUUUUACUGUUAUUGGAAUUCUAAAAAUGGGAUGGAAAAACUUGUACCUCUAUGACACAACUGGAUUGCGUUCAGAAUCUAUGGUUUACUGUUUGAUGGAUUUCUAUAUUCAUAACCCCAAACAGCGGAAAGGUUACGGAAAACGUUUAUUAGAAUACAUGUUACAGGUAUAUUUCGAAUUUGUUGUAAAUUUUCAACUAUUGCUUAAAUACUAAAAUGUUUUAGGAUAUGAAUUUAGAUGCCAAAGAUUUGGCCAUUUACAAGCCGACCAACACACUGUUACAGUUUAUGGCAAAGCAUUAUAAAUUGUCCAAAUUAGUAGAUCAAGGAAACAAUAUUGUUGUAUAUGAAGAUUAUUGUGAGAAUUAACGUAAAAUUAUAAUAUUAAUGUUUUAUAGAUGUAGCCAAUUGUAACUAAUAAAACAAAUUAUGUUAAUUUACAGUCGGAAAAAAAAACAAUGAUACAAGUGAAAAUGGGUAAAAUUUUAUAAUUUAAUAAUAAUGUGUUUUUAAUUGCUGAGGCUAUUAAAAUAUUUUGAUUUUUAGUGUAUCAGCUAUUCAAUCCAGUUCAGAUCAGCAUCAAGAUCAGAUACAUCAUGACCAAAUGAGUGAUGUAAUUUAUAUUAAUAAUUAUAACUUCUUGGGUCAUGGAAUCAUAAAUGGGUUAAUUUACCCCCUACCUUUGCUUCCUCUUUCCUCUCUUCGCCUUAUUUGUUCUUCUAUCUUACCCUUUCUUUGGUUCCACUAAUCCCCAUUUCUCAAAGUACCAUUGUUUCUUCUAUCUCAGAUUCGGGCAUAACCGCUUCCCUGCUCACACUUUAUUACCUAUCUCUUAAUGAUUCCCUUCAUCUACAACUCCCAUCUCCUCUUCAACUGUCCUGCCUUUACUAAUAUGUGUCUUCAACUUUCCCCCAUAUUUUUCAAUCAUCUAAUAUUCUAAUGUCCCUCAUCCAUUCCAUAAUUAAUUUGUUCAUUUCCAAAGACUUUCUAUUAUAAUAUUGUUUUUUCUAUGUGUAACCGCUGAGGCAUAUAUGUUUUAUUAAGUCUCUAAUAAUUAAAAAAAAAAAUCGUAACUAAUAUUAUAAUGGAUACAAUAAAUUUAUGAAAAAACAAUUAUAGUUAUUUUGACUUUUAGAUUGUACAAACACAAGAUGCUGAUUCCUUACCAUUCAAAUAUAACACUGAUUUGUGAGUACAAAUUUUAUUUUGGCAAUAAUAGUAAAAAAUAAUCUACUAUUUGUUUGUUAAAUCCUAAUUAGAAUAGAUAACCAAUUCAAAGAAGUAAACCCACAUUCUGGAAAUAUUGGCUAAUUUCAAUCUAACAUGGAUGGACACUUAAAGAAACAGGAUCUUAAAUCCUAUGAUGAUGCUGAAUGGUAAUUCCAAUAUCUAUUGUCCUAUCUGUAUAACUUAAAUUUAUUCUUCUUCAUAUUGUUAUAAAUCAAUUUGAAAUUUUAAAAAAAAUUGUAAUAAUAUGUAGUUUUGAGAACUAAAGAUUUAGUAAUUUCUUAUAAAAAUAAUAUAUGUACUGUCUUUUUGCAGCUAAUUUCAUUAUUUAAGUCUCCUGAGCUUUACGCGUUUACUUGUUUUACUCUAUAAUUAUAUUAUAUUGUAUAUAUAUUUGUUAAUAUAAAUUAGAAUAUGUAAAAUUAAACUUGUAUUUAUAGUACAUGUUGUGUUCUUCAACAGUGACACAACAAAGAAAGUGAACCCUAUGUCAAAUCUCUGUGAUGUGCAUAAAAGUAUCUAAGUAGGUACAUCAUCUUUAUAAAAAUCCACUAAUAUGUAAAAUAUAUAUACAUAUAUUUUUCUUUUUGUGUACCUGUAGGAGUAAUAUAAUGCAAUUUGUAUUACUUUAUUACUUAUACCUAUGUACCUAAUAAAUAAUUAUAAAAAUAUUAUUUAUAUCUUCUUUUAACUGUCGUGAGUUAUAAUAUUACAAUUUUUAUUUAUUUAUCUAUUAUUUUGUGUAUCAAUGAUGUUUUGUUAAGAGCGUAUACCACUAAAAAUAAACAUGUAUUAUGUAUACGAGCAAUUUUAUUGUUUUCUAUAAUGAACAUCAUUAAUAACUGUUACUGUUUUUUUUUAUUCGAAAAACAGCUUUUUUCGCUUCCUGAAAAUAAAAUGGAUUUGAUAGACGCUCUUUUAAUAACACAUCAUUAGAAUAUCAGAAAUUGGGUAGGGUUUUUUUAUUAAUUAUUAUGUACUAUAAUAAUCUUUAUAUAUUUUGCUAUUUGAAUUAUUAAGUUGACAAUCGUAUUUGUUUUAACAAUGUGAAAUUGCCAUUUAGCCUAAACAAACUAAUGAUAAUUUAAAAUCUUCUUACUUAUAUAAUUCUUUUAAUCGCUUAAGAAGACCGACGUUAUACGCACAUCUACUGUCAGUCCAACUACCGGGUAACAUGCAAAAUAAUGAUUACACUGAAUAAGUAAAAUUAAUUUUAUUUUGAUUUUAGAGUAAAAGUACUUAUUAUGAAAUUCAUAGAAAACAAUGUUUUGGAGAGACUGUCAUUGGUGUUUUUUAAAUUAUGAACUAUUAAAAAAGUUUCUGUGUAAGCAUUGUUUUUGCAUGUUAGUUGGACUGAAACAGAUGCAGAUAAAACAUCCUCUUAAAUCGUCAACAAAAUCCUAGUUGCACUACUGUUAUUUAGUAUAAUAUAAUAGUUACCUAUAUAAUACUUUUUAAAUUUUUAAAGUAUAACAAUAUAAUAAUUGUUAUUGAUUUAUUCUAAUAAAAUACUUUUAACACUAUUUCACUAGAAAAGAUAAUAAUUAUUUUAAUUCAGAUUCUAUGUAAGAUAAUUUAAUAACUAUUAAACCUAUUAUAGUAGUAAAUCAAUUUUGUGAGAUUAUUUCUAUAAACGUAAUAAAACAAUUAACUAUGAUAUUAUUAUUUUCUAGAUGUAUUUUUUUUUGUAUGUUUAUAUAUUUAGUAAAUAAUAAUAGAGAAGCUAUCAAAAAGAAUGCACUUAGUUUUGAAUACAUUAAAAUAUUUUCAAAAACAUAAUAUCGUUGAACCUCAUUCAUCAAUUACAACUAAUAGGUGACACUAAUAUACAAGUUUAAAAAUACUGUGCCGAAUUCCUAUUAUGUAAUUAAAAAUUGGGUCUUAUUAAGUGGAUGGGGCUUCGACCAAAUUUCAAGAAUGCACCUUUGUGUUUAAAAACUUCUUUAAAUAAUUAUUUUAUUAUUUAUUGUUAUCACGAUUAUUUUAAUAUCUGUAACAGAUAAUUAAAUCUUCCAAUAGACAGUAUAUACGUAUAUAUUGAAAUGUAAGCAUUUUAUUUUAGAUUCUGACCUGGAGUGAGGAAUGUAUCGAUUUUACCAUAAGGUGACUUUGUUGGACAUUUAUGAUGUUGCCCUGACAAACUUCUUUCGGGACAAUUUUAUGUCGAUGCCAAUUAUUUCGUAUUAAUUCUUAUUUUAUUAAAUUACACAUACAUAUUUUAUAGUUUUAACAUGCAUAUUAAAAUUUUAUCUUAUUUUCGAAUGAAAUAAAUUUGUUGACAAAAAUAUUCAUUAUAGAUUAUGACGGUGAUUGCGUUUGUAAUGAUGAAAAUUAAUAAAUUAAAAUUAGACUUGUCAUACAUCUCGGUUUUAAGCGGACCUAAGUCCCAGUUAAUAGAAACCCGAGAGAAAUAACAUUUUAAAUUGUAUUGUUUAAUAAUAAAACACGGGCUAAUAUUGUACAUUGCAUCAUCAAGUGUUACAUUAAAUCUAAACAAAUAUUCAAUAUCAUAUCCCGGACCCCGGUUUGGGGAUUUAAAAAUCUGGAAACCAUAUUUAAAAAAAAAAAUUCUUAUCGUUGUAUUAAAUAUUUAUACUAAUUCGGUACCUAGGUAUUGAAUACGCAAAUUACCUAGGUAUUAAUUGCGCAAAUUACCUAGGUACCUGUAUCAAAAUCGUAUACUAUCGGCCGCAUUUGUUUUUACGAUCGAGUCUUCUACGAGAGGAUUCGUUUGUGUUCAAAGGUCAAAACGAGUCGAUGUAAAAACGAACGUUUAACAUGUGGGGCAUGGUUACUAGUUGGAAACGGAGAGCUUAAAACUCCCGAUUUUAAAAUCGCCACUACCAAAACGUUCACGACAUUAUAAUGAACUUUGCAACAUCUUUCUAUAAUAUUACCCAUCUACUCUUACGGAAUUCGGUCGAUACGGUCGGAGGGGUGUUGAAAGGUCCUCGCAGUUUACUGCGACGUACGCAGAGGUUUGACCGCCCAAAAUGUCCGCGCGCAUACUAUUAAACACUGGACUCGACGACGCUGGUCUGUGUCUGUAGUUGACUUGCAUUAGAAUAGACGUUAACGUUGUCAUAUUCAGAAUAACGCAAUAAAGAAACUAUUCUCUAUGGUGUGCAGCGUUGUGUUGGUAUUGCAGUGGGCACAAAGUUGUUUAUUGUUUCUAUUCGAACAGCCUGCUCGACCGUUACGGCUCAUCGCCAGCUGCUUCUGUUCAAUUCAACGUCACGGCAACUGUCGCGCGUCGGCUUGCAAACAGACAACGAAAUAACGUCAACAGACAACAGAUAUUAUAUACGCGUUCAUACGCUUCGUUUGCGACAAGAUCCGUUUUUAAAAUUAUAAUAACAAAGUUUAAAAACCGAAAAGUAAAUGUUAGUGGCCAACCUCAACAGCUGUAAAAAAAACUUAAUUGAAAACUCUCGUAGGUAAGUAUUGUACAGUACCGGUAUAUUCGUCACCCAAUAACUCAGCCAUAGGAAAAAUAUUAACAGAAAAACAAGCUUAACGACACAGCUUUUCUUUUGUAUCCACUAUAGCAGAAAUAUAGACGUCGUUGCCGAAGGUCAUUUUCAGAUACUUGAAGACAUGGAAUCGUCCAACAUUUUUGGUAGCUCCGAGGCUGAUGUAGAGAAAAACGGAAGGUGAGUUUUUUUUUCUAAUACAAUCUGUUAGUUGAUGUCAUUUUAGCGAUCAUAUAAAAAAAUAACAAUUGUAAUGUGGUUGUGCCAUUCUUAAAUUGUAUUUUUGAAUCAUAUAUUAGGUUAUCAUGUAAAUCAACUUUUUAUUUUGUUUACGGUUGGCUGUGAAUUUGUUAUUUUUAAUUGCAUUAAUAUUGUAUAAUCAAAAAGCACCUAGUAAAUAAAUAAUGAAUAAUAACAUCCUUUUAAGAUAUAAAAAUAAUACCAAUAUAUAAUUUAAUCAUUUUUUUUUUUUCUGUAAUAUUUAGAUUGUUGGGAAGUAACCAGCAAAGCCAAGCUGGCUUUGGACGACACGUAGCUCACAAACAUCAUGAUACAAUGGGCGAAGUGAGCUAUUAUUAUAAUAUUUAAUAAAAUAAUAAAGCAAAAAUAAAAUUAUUAAAAUGGUUAAUACGUGUAAAUAAAUAUAUAAAUAAAAAAUGUAUCACCUGGAGUAUUAUACGACCGGUUUUGAAUUAAAAAUUCAUCAUCAGGUAUAUCACAGCCAAAUUAUAUUUAAUUAAGUAUUUGUAUUAUUUAAAUAAAAAGUGUAAUUCAAAUUUAAGUAUUUUUAUUUUUAUUUGUAGAUUUUACAAAGUCAUACUGGUACCGGAAAUUUCAAAUACAACCAAGACUCAGAUUUGUACGUAAAUUUAAAGUUUAAUAUACUUGUAUAUGUUUUACACAUUUGUAUUGACAUAUUAUUUUAGUGUCGACAACAAGUUCAAAGAAGUGAAUACUUCUGAAAAUGAUAAUGCAGUUCAAGUUAACACAGAUCAGCGUCAUAGGGCUCACAAACAUCACGAUACAAUGGGCGAAGUGAGUGUUGUAAUAAUGUAAUAUAUGUGUGGAAAAUAAAAUGUAUUUUUAUUUAUAGAUUAUCCAUAACAGUGGUGAAGCUGAUUUUAGAAAAUUCAAUUACAAUCACGAUUCAGACUUGUCAGUAUUUUAAUUAAAAGGGCAUGACAUUCACUUUUGCCUUUUCUAUGUAUUUAAUGAGAAAUAUAACAAAAAUUUGUGUAUAUUGUUCCAACAGUACUUUAAUUCUACAACAAAAAUUAUUUCACCAAAUAAAAGAUAAAAACUUUUACUGUUUUCAAAGAAAAAUAUUUUAUUAUAUUAUUAUGCAAUUAUUUGUUGUAAUGAAAUAAUAUAUUUAUUUUUGAACGAUUGAAUUAUCUGGGAUUCUGGAAAAUAGAUUUAAAAAAAAAAAAAUAGUAAAUGAUAGCAGUUUUAAUUUGAUGAAAUAAUUGAUAUUUAAGUAUAUUAAGUCCUGAGUACUAUUGGAAAAAUAAUUUUAAUAUGUUGCCUGUUCGAUAAACUGAAUUACAAAUGUUACUGUGACACCCUUAAUUGUUAAGGUUCAAUAUAUUGAGUUUUAAAUUCGUUUUAUUAACUCUAUUUAGUGUUGAUAAACGGAUCAACAAAAUGAACUCUGAAAAUGUCAAUGUAUGUCAAGCUGACGCAAGAGGCCGGAAAGGUGCUCACAAACAUCAAGAUACAAUGGGUGAAGUAAGUGAUUCUUUACUAUGAUUAACUAUGUAUAGUAAUAUAAAUUUAAAAUGUGUUUUUAGAUUGUCCAAAGUGGUGGUGAUUUUGAAAAAUUCAAGUACAAUCGUGAUUCAAAUUUGUUAGUAUUUUUAAACAUUUAUUUGUUAGUAUUUUUAAACAUUUAUUUGUUAGUAUUUUUAAACAUUUAUUUGUUUGGUUUUAUUUAUUUUUAUAAUUUGUAUUUUAAAGCGUUGAUAAUCGAUUCAAAGAAGCCGACCAAAAUUCAGAAAAUGAAUGUGUAAAACUAUCAGAUGUAGAUGGACAUUAUAUAAAAAAAGAUAUUAAGUUCCACCAUAACCCUAUAUGGUAA